ACAUGUCUGGAGAUAACGCAUGCACUUAAAAGUGCCUUAUGGAAUGAUUUUCAAACUUUGUGACCUCGGACGAUUGUGGCAUUUAGUUGUUAUCUGCUUUUAGUUAUGAUGUUUUCCGUUUUUCUAUCAUUUACUUUGGUCUUUUUACAGGUGACUCACGGUGCACCUAUCCAUGACAAUUCCGGUACAAUAGAUGACAGUCCCCAGGCCAGAAAUAUCUUCAAACUAACAGAUAGGAAUGGUAACGGAGUGCUGGAAUAUAGCGAAUUCGAGCAAGUGUUUCAAGACUUUGACAACGAUACCAAUGGACAAGUGACGUCAACGGAGUUUGUAGACUUGUGGGUUUUGGAUAAUAUUGGUGAGGUGCAACAGGCUGUUGCUAUGUUUUUAAACCUCGAUGUUAACGACGACUUUGUCAUCGAUCAAACUGACAUGCCCUACAUCUUUGUAUUCUUUGACAGAAAUCACGACAAUGUAGUCAGCGAAGGAGAGUUUGUAAUCCAGUGGGUGAAGAUAGCGCAAUAGAAACAUGUUUGUUGAUUGUUAUCAUCUUAUGAAUAAAUAAAUGCUUUUGAAAGAACA